AUGUCCAACCUUCGAAUUCUUCUUAUUGGAAAUGGUGGCCGCGAGCAUGCUCUGGCGUGGAAAUUAAGCCAGUCUGCCCGCGUCGAGUCCAUAUUUGCGGUCCCAGGCAACGGCGGCACCGCAAGCUGCCCAAAGACAACGAACAUCACAUCGGUCUCUGCAGAUGAUUUCCCAAGCCUUGUCGCUUUUGCACAAUCAAACGGAGUUAAUUUAGUGGUUCCUGGACCCGAAGCGCCUCUAGUAGACGGCGUGGAAGGUUUCUUUAAGAAUGCUGGAAUUCCUUGCUUUGGACCCUCCAAGGAUGCGGCACGUUUGGAGGGAAGCAAGACGUACUCGAAAGACUUCAUGAAGAAAUACAAUAUCCCCACCGCCGCUUAUGAGAACUUUUCAGACUAUCAGAAAGCCGUCAAUUACAUUGACAGCGUCACUCAUGAUGUUGUGAUCAAAGCCACUGGACUGGCAGCUGGCAAAGGAGUCAUUUUGCCGCAAUCGAAGCAAGAAGCCAAGGAUGCCCUUAGACAAAUCAUGGUUGAUAAGGCGUUUGGCUCUGCUGGAGACGAGGUUGUUAUCGAGGAACUUUUGGUUGGCGACGAGCUAAGCGUUCUCACCUUUUGCGACGGUUACAGCAUCCGGUCAUUGCCCUUAGCCCAGGAUCACAAACGUAUCUUUGAUGGCGACCAGGGCCCUAAUACUGGAGGAAUGGGCUGCUACGCUCCGACCAACAUUGCCACAAAGGAGCUGACUGAGCGAAUUGAUAGAGAGAUCCUCGAACCCACCAUCUUGGGCAUGCGAAGGGAGAAGCAGCCCUUCCGUGGAGUUUUGUUCACAGGCCUGAUGAUCACUAACGCGGGGCCGAAAGUCCUGGAAUACAAUGUACGAUUUGGCGACCCGGAGACCCAAACUGUUUUGCCCCUACUCUCUGUCGACACAGACCUGGCAGAGAUUAUGCUUGCUUGCGCCGAGGGCUACCUCGACAACUGCCACCUCAAGGUUGAGCAUAAGUUCAGUGCAACAGUCGUUGUUGCUGCUGGAGGUUAUCCAGGGUCUUAUGCCAAAGGCACUGCUAUGACUGUUCUUGAGCCUCCCCAAGGCAGCACCAUUUUCCAUGCGGGAACCAAGCUGGACGGAGACCAGUUGAGGUCUUCUGGCGGCCGCGUGAUUGCCAUCAACUCUGUAGGCGAAUCCCUCAGAGCUGCAGUGGACGCUUCGUAUGCCGCGCUUUCAGCAGGAGUGAUUAGCUUUGAAGCUAUGUUCUUUCGAAAGGAUAUUGCCCAUCGCGCAUUCCGAGCACCCGCCAAGGAAGCUAUGACUUAUGCACAGGCAGGCGUCGAUAUCCAAGCUGGUAAUGACUUUGUCGAGAAAAUCAAGAAGGCUGUUGCAAGCACUAAGCGUCCAGGAGCUGAUGCGGAAAUCGGCGGAUUCGGCGGCGAGAUUGAUCUCUCACAAUGUGGCUAUCCGAACGCCCCAGUCCUUGUUGGUGCCAUCGACGGCGUGGGCACCAAACUUAUGAUUGCCCAGGCAAUGAAGAAGCACGAUACUGUGGGUAUUGAUCUCGUUGCCAUGAAUGUAAACGACUUGAUCGUGCAAGGAGCGACGCCACUGAUGUUCCUGGACUACUACGGCUGCAGUAAACUUGACUUGCCAUCAGCUGCUGCUUUUGUCGAAGGCGUGGCAAAUGGCUGCCGUCAAGCCGGCUGUGCUUUGGUUGGUGGUGAGACUGCUGAAAUGCCUGGCAUGUAUCAGGGCGAAGAUUAUGAUGCCGCUGGGUGCGCAGUCGGUGCCGUCACCUCUGACUGCCGACUCCCCCAGACCACUGCUAUGGUGGAAGGGGACGUUCUCCUUGGCCUAGGGUCCGUCGGAGUCCAUUCGAAUGGCUUUUCCCUUGUGAGACGGAUUAUACAAAGCGCUGGCUUGGCAUAUGAAUCACAAGCCCCUUGGGAUGCCUCCACCACUGUUGGCGAAUCGCUCUUGACACCGACACGCAUCUACGUCAAGAGCCUUUUACCAGUCUUGGGUGAUAUCAAGGGUCUUGCACACAUUACUGGCGGCGGUCUCAUUGAGAAUGUUCCUCGCAUGCUGCCUGAUACUCUCACAGCCGAGAUCAUGUACGGAUCGUGGGAGAUCCUGCCAGUAUUCAAGUGGCUCAAACAGGCUGGAAACGUUGAGCCCAUCGAAAUGUGUCGGACAUUCAACUCGGGUAUUGGCAUGGUCAUUGCUGUAGAUGCAGGCAAGGCCGACGCAGUGGCUCAAUCCCUCGGCGCUUUCGAGAAGGUCUCCAAGAUUGGACGGCUGGUCCGUCGUAACCAGGGUCAGCAUGGUUGUGAAGUAAAAAAUCUCGAAUUAUGGGCAUAA